AUGAAGCACAUCCCGGUCCUCGAGGACGGGCCCUGGAAGACCGUGUGCGUGAAGGAGCUGAACGGCCUCAGGAAGCUCAAACGCAAAGGCAAAGAGCCGGCGCGGCGCGCGAACGGCUAUAAAACUUUCCGAUUGGACUUGGAGGCGCCCAAGCCCGCCGCCGCCGUCGCCGUCGCCGCCACCGCCACCGCCACCAACGGGCUGCGGGACAGGACCCAGCGGCUGCAACCCGUCCCCGUCUUAGCCCCGGUGCCAGCCGCUGUGGCGCCGGCCGUUCCCCCAGGUGGAGGCGCGGACGCAGCCGGGGAGCGCAGGGGCGCCCGCGCGCCGGAGGUCUCGGAAGCGCGGAAACGCGGCUUCGCUCUGGGCGCAGUGGGACCGGGACUCCCUACGCCACCGCCGCCGCCACCGCCUCCUCCAGCACCCCUAGGCCAGGCACCCGGAGGUUCCGAGGUCCCAUCUUUCCGCGAACCUGUCCUGCGUCCCCGCAUCUUGCUUUGCGCGCCGCCGGCACGCCCCGCGCCCCCUGCACCCCCGGAGCCCUCCGUGCGCCCCGCGCCCCCCACGCGCCCCGGGGAAAGUUCCUACUCGUCAAUUUCACACGUAAUUUACAAUAACCACCCGGAUGCCUCAUCGUCGCCUAGGAAACGGCCGGGUGAAGCGACCUCAACCUCCUCGGAGAUCAAAGCCCUACAGCAGACCCGCAGACUCCUUGCGAACGCCAGGGAGCGGACGCGGGUGCACACCAUCAGCGCAGCCUUCGAGGCGCUCAGGAAGCAGGUGCCAUGCUACUCCUACGGGCAGAAGCUAUCCAAGUUGGCCAUCCUGAGGAUCGCCUGUAACUACAUCCUGUCCCUGGCGCGGCUGGCUGACCUGGACUACAGCGCAGACCAUAGCAACCUUAGCUUCUCCGAGUGUGUGCAGCGCUGCACCCGCACCCUGCAGGCUGAGGGACGCGCCAAGAAACGCAAGGUGGGCUAG